AUGGAUCUCUCUAAUGUAUUCCGUUUGGUCAACUUGGGGGUGGGUGUUGUGAUGAUCUUGGGUGGUAUCAGUCAAUUCUUCUCUGGCCCGUUGUUCCGAAACAUCAUCGUCGGAGUCUAUGUCAUCCUCUUCGGUUUAGCAACUGCUGGUAUGGAACUGAUACCGAAUGUUCCACCAUACCUGACCAGACAUGCGUCCUUUAUGUUCUCCUUCAUCGGACGAGGAAUCUUCUACAUCUUCGUCGGCUGUGUCAUCCUCGAGCACCACGUGUUGCGCAUCAUUGCCGGUUCGCUCAUUGGCGUCGUCGGUCUCGGAUACUGCGUGCUCGAGUACGUUCCAUCGAUAGAACCACCAGCCAGCAUGCGGGAGGACGGCGGUGACCCAGGCUGGGGCGCUGAGCAGGUCUAA